CCGCAACCGAAUCUUGGCUGCAACGGUCCUCGGCAAUGAUGACGACCCCUCACCUACCUCCUCGACCCGCAAACACAUUGGGAAUGAUUCCUGGGUUUUGAAGGGCACUGGGAGAACUUUGUUUGGGCGCACGUGGAACAAUUCCACGGCACCCAUCCCACCCAAGUCCGGAUAGAGAAAUACUUUGCUUGGUUUCAGCCAAUGACUCGCGGGGAGGAUCGGCCCCCGUUUGUGAGAAGUAACAUUCAUCUGCCAGUACGAAUGAUAAUCUGGUCCUCUCUCUUCAGUUUCUCGUGAUCCUAUGGCCUUGGGCCAUCUCUGGCGGCGCGACACUCCUCUGUGGGCGGGCCCGACCAUGUCAGCCGAUUUCUGGGCUGGGUAUAUCUCAGGAGCCAUUGGCAUCAUCAUCGGCAACCCGCUCGAUGUCCUCAAAGUGCGCUUGCAAGCAGCAGCCUCGACGCAGGGCUUACUUCGGAACAGAAAUAGCAGCAUAGCCGCUGCUACCACGACGACGUCACAAACCUCGCUCCUAAGCGCCUCUAGUCUCUCGCAAUCCCCAUCCCCGCCAUAUCCAACACAACCCACACCUACCCCGCCAUCUGCAGCAGCAGCAACAACAGCAGCGACAAGAGCAAGGCUCUACCUUAGGCCAUGGAUCACCGGCACAGCCGCGCCAGUGCUAGGGUACGGGGCCCUCAACGCGCUGCUGUUCGUCAGCUACAACCGCACCGAGGCGGCGCUGAACCGGUGGCUCACACAGGCUGACGCUCUCCCCACCGCUGCGAAUACCACGACCGGCACAAACCUAUGGACGACCUGGGUCGCCGGUGCCGUCGGCGGGCUGGCCACGUGGGUCGUCAGCACGCCGACCGAGCUGAUCAAGUGCCGCGCGCAGCUCGCAGCCCCGUCGUCGUCCACCGCCUCCUCGUCGUCGUCGUCCUCCUCUUCGCUAGCCAUCACCAAGCGCAUCCUGCGCACCGAGGGCGUUCGCGGCCUGUACUUUGGCGGCGUCGUGACGGCCCUGCGUGACGGCGUCGGCUACGGCUUCUACUUCUGGAGCUACGAGCUCACCUCGCGUUGGCUGCUCAGCAGUACUGCUGCUGCUGGCACAGGCAAUACCAAUACGGGUGGUGGCAGUGGUGGCAGCGACGCCGCGCGCGUGCUGAUGUGCGGCGGGCUAGCGGGCAUCGUGACGUGGGCGAGCAUCUUCCCGCUGGACGUGAUCAAGACGCGCAUGCAGACGCAGGGCGUGCUGGCGUCCUUGUCCCCUCUUGAGCCAUUGCCAUCCCCAUGGCCGUCGCAUCCCCGCGGCAGCAGCGAGCAGCAGAGAAGUCCGUUGCCUCCGAGCGGCCCUAGCGACACGUCGCCGUCCUCGAAAGGCCGGCUCGGAGCAUGGGAGGUGGCCAGAGAGACGUACCGCGCUGGCGGGCUGCGGCCCUUCUUCCGGGGGCUUGGCGUGUGCAGCGUGCGGGCCUUUAUCGUGAACGCCGUGCAGUGGACGGUGUAUGAGUGGAUCAUGCUGGAGAUGGGCCACGGCAGGCGUCGCGGGGGGGCCGUUGUGCUUGAGCCAGAGCGCCUGCUGACGAGUUAAUCGCGGAAGAAAGAUUUGUGUAGAUAUAUAGAAUAGAUAGAAAGACAAACGCACAUGUUAGAUUUAGCAUCGAGACACAGCAGUUUACCCUUCAAGUUAUACAAGAAAUUCUAAGAAACAACGGUCUAGCGAUGUACGAUACCUACCAAGGUGUCUUAGAAAUGAGACAGACUUCCUCGAAAGAUGCUCAACAGCCGGUGGCCAACGAGGACCGACCGGCCUCGCCUAUCCAGACCGAAAUCCCAUUCACGUAUCAACCACUAACCACUGAGCCACAUCAUAUAUAUCCC